AUGAAGAAUCUCCGCUUGUCCGCCGCCGCCGCCGCCGUCGUAUUCAUCUGGUUCUUCUUCCUGUCGUCGUCAGUCGGCUCUCGGAGGCUCUCCUCCGGCGGCGAAGGUGACGGGGAUCUCCACAGCCUGAUGAAACUCAAGUCUGCCAUGGUUGGGCCCGGGGGAGUCGGCCUCCUCGACUGGAACGAUUCAUCCUCUUCACACUGCGCCUUCUCCGGUGUGGUGUGCGACUCCAGCGGUAGAGUUGUCUCCCUCAAUGUCUCCUUCCAGCCGUUAUUCGGGCGGCUGCCGCCGGAGAUUGGGCUCCUCUCUGAGCUCGUGAACCUCACUAUCUCCUCCACCUCCAUCGGGGGGAGCCUUCCACCGGAGAUCGGCAACCUUAAGAACCUCCGAGUUCUCAACAUAUCCAACAACAUUUUCUCUGGCUUGUUCCCGCUUGAGGUCGCCGGGGGGCUGCCAGAGCUGGUGGUCCUCGACGCCUACAACAACAACUUCUCCGGCGCUCUUCCGCUUGGUCUCGUGGGUCAUCGGCGGCUACGGCACCUGCAUCUCGGAGGCAACUUCUUCUCCGGCGAGAUCCCUGAAGGUUACUCUGAGAUCGGGAGCCUUGAGUACCUGGGUUUGAACGGCAACGGUCUCUCCGGGCGCAUCCCCGGAAGCUUGAGCCGGCUUUCGAACCUUCGGCAGAUGUACAUCGGCUACUACAACGCCUACGACGGCGGGAUACCGCCGGAGUUCGGGUCGCUGGCGGCGCUGGUGCGGCUGGACAUGGGGAGCUGCAACCUCACCGGAGAGAUACCGGUCAGCCUCAGCCGGCUGCAGUUCCUUGACUCUCUGUUCUUACAGAUGAACCACCUCUCGGGCAGUAUACCCCCCGAGCUGGGAGACCUCGCCAGCCUCAAAUCUCUCGACCUCUCCAUCAACGAGCUCACCGGAGAGAUUCCGGAGAGCUUCUCCCAGCUGAAGAAGCUCACUCUGCUCCACCUCUUCCGCAACCACCUUAACGGGCGCAUCCCUCCGUUCAUCGCCAACCUCCCUAACCUCGAGGUGCUCCAGGUCUGGGAGAACAACUUCACGCUGGAGCUGCCGGAAGGACUGGGCAGAAACCGCCGGCUGAAGAAGUUAGACGUGGCGACGAACCGGCUCACGGGUUUGAUCCCCCGGAGCCUCUGCGACGGUGGCAAUCUAGAAACCCUCAUACUGAUGGAGAACGGCUUCUUCGGACCGAUCCCGGAGGAGCUCGGUGCCUGCAAGUCUCUGACGAGGGUUAGGUUGGCGAAGAACUUCCUGAACGGCUCAAUCCCCGCCGGUCUCUUCGACCUCCCCUUCGCCGACAUGAUUGAGCUCAGUGACAACUAUCUCUCUGGCGAGCUCCCGUCGUACGUCGCCGGGUACUCCCUGGGCAUGCUGCUGCUCUCCAACAACAUGAUUUCCGGCUGCAUACCCUCGUCGAUCGGCAACCUUGUUGGUUUACAGACGCUGUCGCUGGACUCCAACCUGCUCUCCGGAGAGAUCCCCCGCCAGAUCGGGCUCCUGAAGAACCUUUCGAAUCUGAAUUUGAGCGGGAACAGGAUCGGGGGUCCUGUGCCGGAGGAGUUGUCCCGGUGCACGUCGCUGGUGUCGAUCGAUCUGAGCCGUAACAAUCUCGGCGGAGGAAUUCCUGAAGCCAUCACCGAGCUCCAGAACCUCAACACGUUGAAUCUGUCCCGGAAUGGUCUCAUUGGCGGGAUACCCCAGCGGAUCGAGAGGAUGCAGAGCCUGACGCUGCUCGACCUCUCCUUCAACAAUCUCUCGGGGAAGAUCCCCAUCGGCGGACAGUUCUUCGUCUUCAACGAGAGCUCCUACGCGGGCAAUCCCAAUCUCUGCGGAGGCCCUCUCCAUCUCGGCCCCUGUUCCUCGCUCAAUUUGGGCCAUACACCUUCGAACACGAGGCCAUCGCAGUCGUUCAACCCGUCGAAGUUGCUCAUCACGGUCGGCGUCCUGGUCGCGGCCACGAUCGUCGCCAUCGCGGCGGCGGUGGCGGCGAGGUUUUGGUGGAGAAAACACCGGCGGUCGAACAGGUGGAGGAUGACGACGUUCCAGCGGCUGGAUUUCUCCGUCGACGACGUGAUCGAGUGCCUCAAGGAGGACAACGUGAUCGGGAAGGGCGGCGCGGGGACGGUGUACCGAGGCUCCAUGCCGGGCGGGGCUGAGGUGGCCAUCAAGCGUCUCGUCGACAAGGGCGGCGGCGGCGCCGCGGGACAACACGACCGGGGCUUCACGGCAGAAAUUCGGACACUGGGGAAGAUUCGGCACAGGAACAUCGUCCGACUUCUAGGCUUCGUGUCAAACAAAGAGGCGAACCUUCUGCUGUACGAGUACAUGCCCAAUGGGAGCUUGGGGGAGCUCCUGCAUGGAAGCAAAGGGGCUCAUCUGGACUGGCACGCCCGCUACCGCAUCGCCCAGGAGGCGGCGAAGGGGCUCUGCUACCUUCACCACGACUGCUCGCCUCUCAUCAUCCACCGCGACGUCAAGUCCAACAACAUCCUCCUCGACUCCGCUUUCGAGGCUCACGUCGCCGACUUUGGCCUCGCCAAGUUCCUGCAGGACUGCGGCGCCUCGGAGUGCAUGUCCUCCAUCGCCGGCUCCUACGGCUACAUCGCUCCAGGUAAUUAUCCUCACUGCCGCGUCUUCAUCUCUCUCUCUCUCUGUGCCCUCCCUCCCCCGUGCGCAGUGAAUCUGUCUUUACCAGUAGGAACAUCCUUGGGCGGUCGGGCGACGGCGCUGGGUGCUGUUACCCCAAAACCCUACCCUCUGCCCCGAGGGGGGUCCAGGAGUUGACAGAGAGGAAAGAGGGUCUGAGGCGGUUGGACUUUUGUGGCUGUCGGGUCAAUGCCAUCUUUUGGCCCAUUGUGGAAGUAGGGUUAAAGGCAGAGGAGGGCGGUUCCCAAAAUCCAAGCUUUCCAUUGAUGACAAUAGUGGCGAGCCUUCAUGCCAUUUCUGGAAUUUGCGCGACGGUGGUGGCACUGUACUGCUCUGCAAAUGAAUAGCUAGCUCUUGGGUGCAGUCAUUGCACCGGGAACUGACAACUUUGUGCGCAGAAUACGCCUACACGCUGCGGGUGGACGAGAAGAGCGACGUGUACAGCUUCGGGGUGGUGCUGCUGGAGCUGGUCACCGGGAGGAAGCCGGUGGGCGAGUUCGGCGACGGCGUGGACAUCGUCCGGUGGGUGAGGAAGACGACAUCCGAAUUGUCCCCCGAGGACCCAUCUGCGCCGGCGGCGGCGAUGGCGGUGGCCGACCGCAGGCUGCUCGGCCGCCCAAUGGAGACCAUCGGCUUCCUCUUCCGGGUGGCCAUGCUUUGCGUGGAGGAGAACAGCGCGGCACGGCCGACCAUGCGAGAGGUGGUGCACUUGCUGGCCAGCCCAAGUUGCUCGCAGCCCUCCGACCUCCUCUCCCUCUGA